AUGCGUCUCCAGUGCGUCUACCCGGGUUCUGAACCUGAGAAGAGGCCUCCACCGGAGAGCGAGAUGCUCGCAAGGUUGAGGCGAAUCGAAGGCACGUUACGAAAGCUGGAAUCUCGAGAAACGUCUUCAGCAGAGAGCGGCACUUCUCCCAUAGCUCUGCACCCGUUCCAAAUGAGGGCUGAGAUACGCCGCCCAGGAAACACCCCGUCGACAAACGACACCACGAAAGACUCUGACACAGGCAAGCUUAUCCUCAAAGAGGGCGGUGCGCGAUAUGUGACCGGUAGCUUUUGGGCCGACCUGGAAGACGAUGGCGACGAGGCAUCGAAAUCGCACGAUGCAGAAAUUCCAGACUCUAUCGGUCCCAACACGAGCAAGCGUUUCAACCAGCACCACCCCUUUAUUUUUGGCUUCAGCUCGGCCGCCGCUGAUUUGCGGCAACUUCAUCCGCCGGAAAGUCGCGUUUUCGUCCUCUGGCAGGUCUUCCUGGAGAGCGUUGACCCGCUACUGAAGAUCGUCCAUCGGCCUCUGACCCAACGGCAGAUACUGCGAGCCUCUCAAAAUCUCGACCAAGUCCCGCCGGCGUUUGCCGCUUUGAUGUUUGCUAUCUAUUACUCGGCCGUGACGAGCAUCCAGUGCUCGGUAUCCUGUGAAACAUUGCUUCGAGAAGAACGGCAAACGCUGCUGGAUCGCUAUCGAUUUGGAAUCGAGCAGGCUCUGGCCCAGGCCGAUUUUUUGACAUCUCCGGACAUUCCUACCCUGCAAGCCUUGACUUUGUACCUAAUAUGUGCCCGCCAGAAUACCAACAAGACAUAUGUCUGGACAAUGACGAGCCUCGUAGUUCGCCUAGCGACCAAACUCGGCCUCCACCGAGAUCCAUCUUUGCUUGGACUGCCACCUUUUCUGGCCGAGAUGAGAAGGCGCCUCUGGUGGCAGAUCUGCAUACUCGAUGUCCGUACAGCUGAGGACAAUGACAUGGAUCCGAUGAUUUAUGAACAUGGAUUUGACACUGAGUUUCCUUCCAAUGUCAACGACUCGGACUUGGAUGUUAACAUGACCCACCCGUUGACUGAAUGUGACUCACGAACCGAGAUGCUGUUUACAUUAAUUCGAUUGAAGAUUAGCUACGAAGCGCGGAAAAUUGUUUUCUCCCCGAAGUUUGCCGCAGAUAACGGGUACCCGCAUCUAUCACCUGCGGAUAAAAGUCGAAUGAUUGAGAUGGUGCAGAAACAAAUCGAGGAUGUGUGGUUGAAGGACUGCGAUAUGAAGGUGUCUAUCUGUUUCCUCGCCGCAACGUCUACCAGGAUGGUUCUCUCCAAGAUGAAAUUGACGAUACACCAUCCAGCCCACAGCGGAACCUCGGCGCUUUCGGAAGAACAGUGGGCUGAUCUCGUUCACACUGCUCUCGAAAUCAUUGAAUAUGCACAUACUCUGAGAGUAUCUGACAGGUAUUCGAAGUGGGUUUGGCUGUUUCAGCAAUAUAUCGAGUGGGAUGCGAUCGCCUUUUUGCUGCACCGCCUGGCUGCGGAUCCAAUGGCGGCGCUCGCUGAAAAGGUUUGGCCAGCUAUCGAAGUUUUCUUCCGUGAUUGGCAGAAAGCUUCGCCGAGUGAUGAGCAACGCUGGCGACGUCUUGAGAUUCUCAGAGCCAAAGCUGAGAACAAACGUCCAAGACAACAUUAUGACAAUGACAACCAGCAAGGUUAUGAGGGCGUACCGGGAGCAAAUCCUUCACCUUCAUAUGCGGGUGGCACGAGUGUUGCCACAAUACCUCGAGCCUACCAAGCCUCUACCGAUACUCUGUCUCAAAGUCCAGGACUAACGGUAGCUAAUGCCGCUCACCAUGCGAAUCUGGUGAACGAAUUUGGUAACACUGUCAGUCAGGCUGUGAACACAGAGGAUGACAUGGUGGAUUGGAACAUUGAUAACAUACCCUAUGUCUCGCAGGAGCCGUCAAGCAGGGGGAUGGGAUUCGACGGACAGGCAGGCCACUCAUGGCUUUGA